AUGUGCCUCGAGAACUCAACUGAUGCGGCAUCAAAGGUGAAGAGCCGAUGGCCCUUCUGGGACGAGGAUGUGUAUAGAGUUGAGUAUGCCCACGAGGAGGUGCGAGCCAUUCAUGAUAGAGAUCCCAGAGAGUACGAAGUCCAAACUAAGACGUUUGUGGGAGAGGACGGUGUGUUGAAAGGCAUCGAGACUGUACGGGUAUCGUUCGAUCUGGUCGCGAGAACCACUAAGCCUGUUGAAGGUGAGCCUUUGCCCUUUUGA